UCUCAUUUUACCGCGCGCUCUGGCUCGCGCUCUCUCUCUUUCGCUCCUCCCCCCCCGUCGUUCUGCUCACUGCCUCCUCAAUCGAAGCUCUCUUGGCAUCGCAACGAUGACGGAUGGCCACCUCUUCAACAACAUCUCUCUCGGCGGACGCGGAGGAACUAAUCCUGGGCAACUUAAAAUAUAUUCAAGAGGGAUCUUGUGGAAGAAACAAGGAGGUGGUAAAGCAGUUGAAGUGGAUAAAUCUGAUAUACUUGGAGUGACAUGGAUGAAAGUGCCAAGGACGAACCAACUAGGUGUCCGGAUCAAAGAUGGGUUGUACUACAAGUUUACUGGCUUCCGUGAUCAGGAUGUGGCUAGUUUGACCAACUUCUUCCAAAACACCUGUGGGAUGACCCCAGAAGAGAAGCAGCUCUCUGUCAGUGGUCGUAAUUGGGGUGAAGUUGAUCUUAAUGGUAAUAUGCUGACUUUCUUGGUGGGGUCAAAACAAGCAUUUGAGGUUUCCUUAGCUGAUGUCUCACAAACACAGAUGCAAGGAAAAAAUGAUGUCAUCUUGGAGUUUCAUGUGGAUGAUACCGCUGGUGCCAAUGAGAAAGAUUCCUUGAUGGAGAUUGCAUUUCACGUACCUAAUUCCAACACCCAAUUUGUUGGUGAUGAAAACCGUCCUCCUGCUCAGGUCUUUCGCGACAAAAUUAUGUCUAUGGCAGAUGUUGGAGCUGGAAUUGAAGAAGCUGUUGUUACUUUUGACGGGAUUCAGAUUCUUACUCCAAGAGGACGGUACAGUGUUGAACUUCAUCUUUCAUUCUUACGGCUUCAAGGGCAGGCGAAUGAUUUCAAAAUACAGUAUAGCAGUGUUAUUCGUUUAUUUCUGCUACCAAAGUCUAACCAACCAUUUACUUAUGUUGUGAUCACUCUGGAUCCACCAAUUCGUAAAGGGCAAACUUUGUACCCGCACAUUGUGAUGCAGUUUGAAACUGACUUUGUGGUCCAGAGCACUCUGUCCAUGAAUGAAGAUUUAUUUAAUACCAAAUACAAGGACAAGUUGGAGCCAUCUUACAAGGGACUCAUCCACGAAGUGUUCACCACAAUACUACGUGGCCUGUCUGGUGCCAAGAUCACUAAACCAGGAAAGUUCCGCAGCUGUCAAGAUGGUUAUGCAGUGAAAUCAUCACUUAAAGCUGAAGAUGGUGUUCUCUAUCCACUUGAAAAGAGCUUCUUCUUCCUACCGAAACCUCCUACUCUAAUUCUUCACGAGGAGAUUGACUAUGUGGAAUUUGAGAGGCAUGCUGCUGGAGGUUCAAAUAUGCACUACUUUGAUCUCCUUGUGAGGCUAAAGACUGAACAGGAGCAUCUAUUUCGGAACAUACAGAGGAAUGAGUAUCAUAACCUUUUCGAUUUCAUAAGUGGGAAGGGGUUGAAAAUCAUGAACUUGGGAGAUUUCCAGACUACAGAUGGAGUAGCACGUGUUCUUCAGAGUGAGGACGAUGCUGUUGUAGAUCCACAUCUCGAGCGCAUUAAGAAUGAAGCUGGUGGAGAUGAGAGCGACGAAGAGGAUGAAGACUUUGUUGUUGAUAAAGAUGAUGGAGGGUCUCCUACUGAUGAUUCUGGCGAGGAUGAUUCUGAUGCUAGUGACAGUGGAGAUGAGAAGGAGAAACGUGUGAGAAAGGAACCGAGAAAGGAAUCUUCAUCAGUUAAGGCAACAACCAGUAAGAAGAAAAUGAAAGUUGGAGAUGAAGAUGGUUCAAAGAAGAGGAAGCAAAAGAAGAAGAAAGAUCCCAAUGCACCUAAGAAGGCAAUGUCUGGUUAUAUGUUCUUCUUGCAGAACGAGAGAGAGAAAAUGAAGAAGAGUAAUCCUGGGGUUUCCUUUGCGGAUGCCUCUAGAGAGAUUGCAGAUAAGUGGAGAGGGAUGUCAGCUGAGGAGAAAGAACCAUAUGAAGCAAAGGCCCAAGUAGAUAAGAAACGUUACAGAGACGAGCUUAGUGAUUACAAGAAUACGCAGCCGAUGAAGGUAGAUUCAGGGAACGGCUACGACAGCUCAUAAGCCUUACAAUGGUAUUACAACCGAGUCCACAUCUUUUGCAGAAGCAGCAGCAGUAGAUUUCCAGUAAUAUAGGUAGCAGUUAAUGUAAGUAGGACAUGGGGGAAGACUUCGAUUGAGCCAAACUAUUAUGAUAAAUGCUAUGAUUCGAGCACACGAUAUGGGCAAGUACUGUUAAUCUGAGAUGGUUGCAUCCCUAUGAGUUUUUUUCUUGUCAAGUUAGAGAGAACCCGAGUCAGCAAUUUGCACGAAGUUGUUGCCUAGGACGGGUCUGUUCUUGUUAAAAUUGGUCGAGCUUUUACCCUUUAAUCUUGGAAAUUAGCCGUGGGUUCGGUUCA